CAAAACACUGUUCAACUCGAUGCGACGGUGAUGAAGACGAAAAAGAAGCAAACCUAACAUUAGGGUUAGCUUUUGGUUAGCUAAACAAUGUAAACACUUCUCUGUUGUAAACAAACUAGUCUUCGAAACCUAACAGUUUUCUCUAGGAGCAUUUUCUUGGUACCGAGCAAACGGUGUAUUAUAACAGAUCAGUGCGUUAUAAUGACGUUAUUGUUUAGCUUAGUUUAGCUAGCCACGUAUUUAUAAACAAGUUGUGCGUAGCUGCGCAGUGAUAGUUAGCAAGCAAGCUAAGUGAUGGAGAGGUUUCAUUACAUUUCUGCAUCAGUGAAGAGUGAAUGAAGAAGGUGGACGUGUUUAUUACUCGAGUCCAGGAAGAAGAUGGGAACUCCGUUUAAGAUCCCGAAGAAGAAACAACUUCCGGAUACUCCAGACAUUUGCAUGACGUCACCUCUCGCUCGUCUUCAGGAUGACGUCACACCCAAAUCUCCCUGGAAUCGAAACUUUUUUAACGGGCACAAGACGAACGGAAGCAGCAUUGUCAAUGGGAGAAGAGAAACCAAGCCUGCAUGUACUGGAACUGACCGAUGGAGACCCAAGAGGGCAUCGGAUAAGCUGUGCGAUUGUGAGGACAACAAACACACACCUUCAUUUAAGAAGCAAUGCGGUCCCAGUCUUGCUGAGAAAUGCAAAUCAUCACAGCCUGAGGAUGAGGAGGAGGAUGAAGAGGGUGAGAAGAAGAUGGCUUCUCCGGUCAGAGAAAAGCGGAGCGCAAACACGCAGGCGUCUGUGAACACGGCUGUAGCGGACAAGCGUGACGGACGGAGCACACACUCUUCUCCACACACGCACUCCGAGGACAGAGUGCCGGCGAAGCUAGCAUGGACGCCCAAGGACACACAUGUCCACUCCAGUGAUUCCAGCGAUUCUCCUUACACCAGGAGGAAGCUGAGAUUUCCUCUCAAAACCUACCAGAGAAACAAAAGAAGCUGCACAGAACCCAUUGUAUUGUCCAGUGGCGAUGAAGAUGAGGAACACGACGAAGCACGUGGUGACGUUCGAUUAAAUCCAGAUGUACAGAAGAACCAUAGGUCAGAAGUUCAGAGUUCAUCUCCUGCCAUGAUAGAACUCGCCUUCUCCACUCUGUUCUUUGGCACAACGCGGAGUAACACCAACGGACCCAUCAUGAUCACGGAAGAGUGCAUCUCGAUUCCACUAAAAGCUCUGUCCGGGUCAGGAUCGGACGCUGACGGUUGUGUUGGUGAGUGUGUGUCGGUGUGUUUGGUUCCCUCUGAGCUGCAAGCGUACGGUGUGUGGGACGCAGUUGGCAGUGGGUUGACGGAGCUGUGCGACUCUUCAUCAUCCCUCCUCUUUUUCAUUCUGAGCAACGCUCAAGCCGGACUGCUGCACACUGAGCUGUCUGCACUACACAAAAACACAACUGCCCCGCCCUCGCCGUUUGUGUUGGUGCACUUGAUCGGUCGAUUGGACGAUCUGCAGGAAGCCACCAUAGCGUCUUUGAUGGAGAUGAUGUCUGUGAAGAGCGGACACACGUCCUUGGGAACAGCUCUGUCCCGGGAGGAGGGGCUGAAAUGGGUAACGUGUCAUCGUCAUGGUGCCCAGUUCCUCACUCUGCUGGGGAGCAAAGUACCCAAUCAGAGUCACAAUGGGACCAGAAGUGGUAGAGCUCCUGCUGUCACGGGUAUCAGACACACACUACGCAGCCAUACAAGACAGUCAAGCAUGCCCAAAAGGUUAAUUCAGUACCCACCUCCACCCUCGAAAGGCGCCAUCACCGUGACAACCGAAGACCUGGAGUGCCUUAGGGAUGGUGAAUUCCUCAACGAUGUCAUCAUCGACUUCUACCUCAAGUACCUGCAGUUAGAGAGAGCGGAUCGGGACGUGGCCGAAAGGUCGCACAUCUUCAGCAGCUUCUUCUACAAGCAGCUCACACGCAAAGCCAAUAGCAGCGAAGAGGAGGCGGGCUGCACUGCGCAGUACAGACGCCACGGCAGAGUGAGAACGUGGACCAGAAACGUCGACAUCUUCAGCAAGGACUACCUCUUUAUACCUGUCAAUCAGGAAGCUCACUGGUACUUGGUAGUGAUCUGUUUCCCGGGCCUGCUGCAGCCCGAGUGCGUGCCGUGGAAGAAAAGCCAAACAGGAAGUUUGGUUGAUCCAAAGGGCAACUCAAAGGACAGCACUCUUAAAUCCAGAGAUCUUCCGAACUGCACAGUGCUCACCUGCCAGAGGAACACGGUGACCAGGAGGCCUUGCAUUCUGAUCAUGGACUCUCUGAAGCUGUCCCACCACUAUCGCAUUUACACGCUGCUACAAGAGUACCUCCAGGUGGAGUGGGAGGUUCGUAGAGGAACGCCGCGACUGUUUAAUAAGGACAACAUUAAAGCGUGCCACUGCAAAGUGCCGCUGCAGGACAACAGCAGCGACUGUGGGCUUUACCUGCUGCAAUACGUCGAGAGUUUCCUGCAGAAUCCAGUCGUACACUUUGAUCUCCCGCUCCAGCUCGAACGAUGGUUUCCCCGACAACAGAUACGCAGGAAGAGAGCCGAGAUCCGUGAGCUGGUGCUUCAGCUGUACCAGAAGCAAGUGGGCGGAGCUGUGCAAAGCAGCUAACAGGACCGAACGAAGUGUCGGACGUGGAUGUUUUGUACCGGGGUUUUCCCCAUUCCUGCAGUUUUUAAUGCUGCAAGUACACGUGUUGAAGUUCACGAGACAUGAUUUUCGAUCGCGUUCCUUCACAAACACGUCGCACAUAAAACCCCUUCGUAUUAAUAAGUGUGUUAGCGUGUGCAAUCGAUAAUCGUGCAAAGGCAACUAAAGGAUUAAGAGCGAGAAAAAGCAUUUUACAAAGAUGUGAAGAAUAUUUGUAUUUCCUGUUUAUUAAUUUAUUAUAUUUGUAUAGUAUGUGUUUUAAUAUAUGCAGUCAAAAAUAAAGAAAGAAACGUAUUGCUUCUAAAGA